ACAUUCUACACAGUGCUCUAAAGAUUUCUCAUGAAAACUAUUUAAUUUCUGCCUUUACAGUAUUUAAAUGUAGAAUAAAGUGAAGUUCUCAGAUUGAGCGUGGACCACUAUUCCAAACCGCCAUGACCAUAAUGUUUUAAUGCAUUAUACAUUAAUGCCUCAUUUUAACUUUAUAUAGUAAUGCUAUUUGCCAUAAGCUAUGUGACUGCCAUGUGAGUAUGCAUUACAACACAUGCAUUAACUGUGCUCUCUGUGUUUUUCUGCAAACUCGUUCAUGAUUUUUAAUAAAUAGUUUACCUUCAAAAUGAAAGUUCUGUCUUCGUUUACUCACCCUGUUGUCAUUUACUGUCUUUUCAAACCUGUAUGACUUUUUUCUUCUGCAAAACACAAAAGAAGAUACUUAAAAAAAUGUUUGUAACCAAAACCUCUUGAAUUGACCUGUAUGGACACAAAACAAUCCAAGUCAAUAGGACCAAUGGUUUUCUGUUAACAACAUUUUUCAAAAUAUCUUCUUUUGUGUUUUGCAGAAGAAAGUAAGUUAUGCAGGUUUUAAAUGACAAGAUGGCAUGUAAAUAAUGACAGAAUUUUCAUUUUGAAGGUGAACUAUCCCUUUUUACUUGAAUUUUUUCCCAUGUCUCCAAAUGUUUACAAUCUUAAAAAUCUACAGUCUAUGAAGACAAUGAGUAGUGUGAAAAUGUAUUUGUGCAGUAUUUAUAAGACUAAAUUGCAUUUAUCACCAUGAUGUUUUUUUAACCAUUUAGACUCAAAAUAGUUCGACGGCCACGUCGCGAGUACCACGUAAAAAAAAAGAAAAUCCAAGAUUUCGAGAAUAAAGACGAAGUGUUACGAGAAUAAAGUCGAAAUGUUACGAGAAUAAAGUCGAAAUGUUACGAGGAUAAAGUCGAAAUGUUACGAGGAUAAAGUCGAAAUGUUACGAGGAUAAAGUCGAAAUGUUUCGAGGAUAAAGUCGCAGUAAUACGAGAUUACAACUUGUAAUAUUUUGAGAAAAAUCACAGAAUUGCUAGAAACAAUGGAUGUGAAGGAUUUGGUUAAAGUACUUCAGCCAGGGUCCCAACGUGUUGUUAUAUGAUAAACUGAAGCAAACAUUGAAAUAUUGAAAUAGAAUACAAACAUUGAAAUAUUAAAACAGUGCUUGAUUACCUAAUGUACAAAAAUCUGGGUGCAUCAAGCUAAUAAAAGCCACAAUCCUUAAGGAUUUAUAAAAAUGUACAAAUGUGAACUAAAGAGGUUUUAAAAAUGACUGCUGGUGUUUGCAAGGCCUUCCGUAGAACUAAGAACUAACUCACUGGUUCAGAUGAUGUGCUUAAACAUAACAUGACUCUUAAACUACAACAUUCACUUAAACAAAAUAUGUUUUACGACAAAUUUAUUCUCGAAACAUUUCGACUUUAUUUUCGUAACAUUUCGAUUUUAUUCUCGAAACAUUUCGACACUAUUCUCGACAUUUUGGAUUUGUUUUAUUUUUAACGUGGCACUAAAACGCUGUCGUAAAAUAACGAUGUUAUCCUGCUUAGUUUCCUAAAACUUCCUAAAAAACCUUGAUAAAACAGAAUUCAGAUGGUUGAAUUACACAUGCAGGAUCACAAGAAUAUAUAUCACAUGUGCAUUUUCAGUGUAGUUGUGGAAAUACCUCUUGUAGUUGGAUUUACUGCAUAGUGCAUAGUGACUUUAAGUCACCUUUUUUUUUUUUAAUUAAAGGCCCAAACUAUUACUUCACAAAAAAUAUUUGCAGCAAAAAAUGCAACCAUUCUCGAAAAAUAUUGCUUGACCUAUUUUUAACUGUGUUUCCUGACUCUGAUGUAUAUCACUGUCUGUGUGGGUUUGAGUAUAUAAAGAUCAGCAGUGAAGACAGAUGUUCAUUUAGCUUUGACUGAUUCAGAUACACUGCUUGUGUAAAUAUGUCUUGGGCAUUUGUUUUGUUUUUAAUCACUGUUGAUCUCUGCAGCCUUGAUUCAAGUGCAGAUGAACACAGUUUUAAAGGUGGGAGUUACACCAUUAGGUGUCCGGCACCUCAGAAAGAUGCACUGGGUGUAUAUCUGAAAACCAGACGAAAGGUAGAACGGCAAGUCCUGUAUUACCAUUUUGCAACAGGCGGUAUAACAGUGCAUGAAGAAUACAGAGGACGUGUUAAUAUCAGUCUUGAUGAAACGAUUCUGACAAGCAACAUUUUGAACCUUCAACUGAAUGAUGCUGGAGCUUAUUGGUGUUCAUGCGAGACAGAUUCUUUUGAGAAAUGUGAAAUGACAGCAGGCGAAGGUGUUUUUCUUUCCGUAAAUGAGCCAACAGGUGAACUGUCUUCUUCCACUGCUAAACAACACAAUGGCAUGAGUGACUUCCUGAUACCAGUGACGGCUCUGACCGCUGGAAGUGUGCUGUUACUCUUACUCCUUUUGUUUGGAGUGUGGCUGGUGCCCAAGAUAAAGACACGCAGAAUGAAAAAAGGAGAAGAGAAAACAUCUGGCAAUGGAAUAUAUGAGGUUAUGAAAGUCAACAGUUCAUGAGAUUUUCAAUGCUUCAGAUUUUUUUUUAAACUCAAAAUAUAUUCCCAUAAAUGUCUUUAGCUUUUAUACUGUCAUGUGUGGGAUGAUGUUAAUAUAGUAAUAGACACUUGUAAUUUGAAAAAGCAACCUCUGUGUGAGACCUGUGGACUCAUUUUCGAAAAGUUUCUCUGAGGUGAAGUUUGACAUUAUAUGCAGUGAGUGAAAAAAAUAAUCUGAUUUAAAAUAAUGUCAGUUAUGAUUAUAGUGAUCAAAAUAUGUUUUUCCUCUAUGUACCACACUGACAUCUAACUUCUCAGUUUCACACACAGGAGGUGUUAUUUUUUUUACAACUGUUGGGGUUUUUUUGGAGGGUGUUUUGCUGUGACUCAAUUUGUCUUUCUAGCUUUGUGUUUAUGUAAUCUGAAGUUUUUUUUUCAACUUGGUAUGAUCUUCUGUUAAAAUGUUAUAACGGGCAGAUCCUUUCUUUAAAAACGUCAGAUUUUUUUAUUCUGACAAUUCUCUGACCACCUCUAUAUUUUGUAAAUAUUUUUUCUUAAACAUCUCACAUUUUAAAUCUAACAGCAUUAAAUGUAUAACUAAAUUUGGACCAUAACUCAAACUUGAUGUUCAUGCUUAAUUUUUUAUUUAGCUUCAGCUACACUAUCUGUACAUUUGUCACUUGAAUGUAUGUAUGUGGGUUAUAAACAAACUUUUUAUGAAGCUAAUAUUCUUCACUGAUAUCGCAUUUCAGACUAGAUGUCAACUGCUUAAAAGUAACAUAAGUUUAUCUUUACAAGAAUGAGAUUUUUGUCAUCCUGUAGCCAUGUAAACAAGAUUUGAAAAUGCGGUCUUAGCUGCAGCCUGAUGUGUUUUCACCUGGUCUUUGUCUGUAGUGCAUUGCACAUUAUACAUUUAGAGACAAGCAUGCAGACUUCCUUCUGUGGUAGACAACAUGUAUGUCAAGACCCCUCUAAAAGAAACCCACAUCUGCUUCAGAGAAUGUCACCUCUUUUCUGCCUGAGCAUCACCUCACACUCAUAGCGUCAAAGGUCUUCAAACAGAUCUUAUUUGUUCCGUUGACAAAAACAAUGCAAGAUAAUCUAGGUGUUUGUACUGCUAUGCCAAUAAUUAUAAAAAAAAAAAAAAAAUUGUCUGAUUGUUUUGAAAAUGAAUAUCUAAAUGUUUAUCCUGUAACAUGUUUGCUCUGACAGUAACAGAGCACAGUUUUAAGACCACAGAGGUUUUGAUGUGACGAUGGUGUGUCAGAGCCUCCUAGUGUAAAGGUCACGGAUGAGCCCAUUGGCUUUAGAUGCAAACAUUGCGGAAAGAUUCGAUCAAGUCAGAGAAACGUUGUUUUUCAGUUCAGUUGUCUGAAAAAUGUCAACAUGUGUCACCAAUUUUCAGCACGUUCUUGUACUUUAUAUAAAAGGAUUUGAUUGUGUCCACUGUACAAAUGUGAAAUAAAACCACAUUUUUUCCAA